CACUGCCGCACUGGGGUGUGUAUAGCCCGGUUCGGUUCCGGCCACCUAUCGAUCGUCGCCUCUAUCCCCCUCUCCCAGGCAAUUCCGCAGCGGACGGAAUGGGAUGAAAUGGCGGCUCCCAUGCCAUUUCAUUCACUGGCACACAGCUGAAGAUGAGCCGCGUGUGCUGCUGCAUCCAUCUGUCCUGUACCGCAGAGCGCUUCUCCGUGUGCUAAGCUUCAUGUUCAUCACUAACCCAUUUUAUCGCCAGCUUCCAUAUUCGCCGUGACUGCUCUUCUACACACGCUUUGUGAAUGAUCGUAGCCAUCCCUGGGACUCACUUCAUCCGAAUCUGGAGUAAACAGUACUGAUUGAUUGGAAAGGCAUACAGUGGCACAUUUUGUGCGCGGGAUUGUUGUAGUGUUUUUUCGCAUCCCUUUACAACCCGAUUAGCUGUAUAAUGAUGGGGGGUCACACCGGGCUUAAGGUCCUUGUUUAUCUCUUUAAUUUUCUCCUGAUGCUAUGCGGAUUGGCGCUAGUGGUUGGUGGGACUAUUGUCCAGGUGCAUUACAAUCAUUACUUCCACGGCAUGGGAAUCAAAUUCUUCGUUGCUCCGCUGCUCCUGAUAAUUGCCGGAUGCGUAAUGUUCCUGAUUGCAGCAUUUGGCUGCUUUGGAGUUUGCAAGUUAUUACCAUGGACUCUCAUUCUCUUUGCCAGUUUGUUGACGAUCGUCUUUUUACUGGAGAUAUCUGGAGUCAUUGCGGCAUAUAUUGAACGAGCAACGGUUCGUCAGUAUAUUGAAGCCCAUAUGAAUGCGUCCAUUGGUGAUGCGGGAACUAGAACUCCAAGAACCGAAGAACAGGCAAAGCUAUGGGACUUCGUGCAACACGACUUCAAAUGUUGCGGAGUUAAAAGCUACGCCGACUGGCCAACCACGAUCCCCGAUUCCUGUUGUCGAGAGGAUAUCCGUAAACCAGGCUGUGCUAAUAAGAGAGCCGACAUAAUUCGAAACUGUGAAGCAGAAAUAAGGAAUAAUUGCCCUAUCAACACAAAGGGUUGCCUUGUUGUUGCGGAAGAUUACCUCAGUCAAAACAUUGGCGCAAUUGGAGGAAUCGGUUUAGGAGUUGCCGCAUUUCAAAUACUCGGAAUUGUCCUCGCCGCUUGUUUAGCAAAACGCAUACGAAAUGACGCCCUGAAUCCGUAGCAAUAACACCCACUUGCUGAUGAAUUACGAUUAUCUUCAGCGCCAUUGGUUCAAGACCAAUUUUAUAGGAAUGUCACCAGAUUCUAUGCAGUCAAGCAUACGAUGGCGCAGUUUGGCUGAUAAUUCUUUACCUUGCUUGCCGUUGUGUUGUCGAAUUGUUAUCGGAAAUUGGUUAUUCGCGGAGUAUUGCAGUUGCAUGUGUGUUUAAGACGAGCGAUGCUUACCCAUUUAUGACAUAACAUAAUAUCAGGCUUACACUUCUCAAAUUUACAUCAUGAACUACUUUUGUAUUACAACCUUUUAAAGGCAACGACGUUUUAUCGAUUUUAUACUUCAUGUAAUUCGUUCAUUAAUCUGCGGCAAUUAUAUUUCGUGCAUUUUUUUGUAUCGUUUUUUGAAUAAACGCA